ACUCGCGCGCAGUCAUGCUGUGCCCGGCUCGGUGCUCAUGCUUCCUCUGCCGAGAGCUGCAGUCUUGCCGCGCCGCCGACGCGAGAAAACCCCCUAAACACAACAUGUGCGACAACUUCAUACUCAAAAAGGCUGAGGCAUGGGAACCCAUGAAGUUCAUCCGCGGCGCCGCCAGACUGUCCGUACGACACUGGCAGAAUAAGGAACCAGUGAUUAGUAAAACUAGGAUCAAUACGCAUAAAUCUACCAGCUGCGAGCAGCUCUAUCCGCAUCCGUCUGAGGAGGACAUAGGCCCGUUCGGGAUGCGCCGCGCUCCUAGCACGGACAGGGUCAAAUCCCCAUCGGAACACAAACCACUUUUCAGAAUCCUUGGCAAUUCGAAGUCCAAAAAAAUCAACAGUGACGCCUCUGAAUCUAAAGCGCGACGCAGCGUUUUGAAUUUCAAGAAAAGUGACGCGAACCCUAAGAAUAUCCAUGAAAAAUAUAUCCCGUUACCGAUAUCUUCUCCCGAGGAACAUAUCUAUAGCGAACCGAGACCCUGGAAUCCGCAAUACGACGAUUGUUGUAGACCUCCAGUGUACCAGAGUGUUGAGAAAACGAAAGAAGAAAAUAACAAAGGUUCUGUGACGGAGAAAAAGAUUUACAGUAACAGGCCACCUUGUUACGAGGAACUCGCUCAAAGGCUCUCUCAAGAAAAGAAUAAGAAAUCCAAUCAACCAAUUCCAGAAGAAGGACUCGCAAAUAAGAUUACUCAAAGUAACAACAAAGUUGUCAUAUACUUUGGCGAUUCCAUUAUUAGAAAACAUGAGCAGAAAAAAGAAGAGAUAAAACGGACUGAAGAGACAUCUCAAAAAGAAGAAGCGAUAUAUGCCAACCGUCUUUUGGAAGAGACUUCAAAUUUAGGUCUGGGCAAAGAAGUAGAUAAGGGUGGAGGAACUCAAAUGGUGUCUGAAGUGCAAGUGCCAGAAGCAAUCUAUGCUGAAGUGAAAUCUGAAGAUGCUAAAGAUGCCUCUCAGGCAGUUACAAUAAAUGAUGCCACUUACAAAAAGGAAGUCUUUGAAACUAUGAGUUCGGACGGAUUUUUGGUGGUAGAAUUUGAAGGGAAUUUCGAAAGAGCUAGACAGUUGGUUGAGUUGGUGCACGGAGGAGGUGCUGAUCAUCAUGAAGCUACUGUUUUGGAUGAGGACGAACAUUGCGACUGGAGUUUCAUCCAGGAUUGGAGGAAACGGCCAUCAAGCGGUUGCCGGCCAUCUGAGGACGCGUCGUGGUGCGGCGGAGUGUCAGGCGCACGGGCGCUGCGCGUGCGCGUGUCCAGCGCAGCUGCCGCGACGCCGGCGCCCGCGCACGCGCGCCGUCUGUCACCCCCGCCGCACGCCCACCGAGCUACCACGCCGCCAAGGCCUACCUCACCGAACAACAAACCACACCAUGAAGAACCGACCGUGUCUCCCGAACCGGCCACCGGGGCCCAGCUGAAGACAGUGAGCGCGGUCUCCCAGCUGAUGGUGUCCAGUGCUCCCGUCAAGAGCGUCCCUCAGAGCAGCUACGCUUUGGAACGACGAGCGAAACAGGACCACAACCACCGCUCGUUGGAGACAGUGCCAGCAGUCCAGAAUGGCGUCCGCGAAUGCAACAGCAGUUCGGACGAGAAUCGUUCGUCCGGCCACGCGUCCAUGUCGGACAGCGGCGGGGGAGGGGAGGCGGGCCGCGGGGAGCCACGGAGGAGCAGGCAACCACCACAGAGGACCAAACAUCGACCACAUAAUAAGCUCCAAUCGCCGUGGCCUGGCGGCGGUGGCCUCGAAGACAUCAGGUCGGCUAUCAAGCAGCUGACGCUGCGGUCUCGAGACAGCAGCAGCACGGCCACCAGCGGCGCCUCUAGCGCUGGCGGCAGCAACAACGGAGUCCAAGAGACGGGUAGCGCGGCAGAAGCGCGGCGGCGACGCGCGCCCCUGGUGCGGCAGCCGUCGCUGGACACCGUGUGCACCAACGUUACCAGCGCAGACGAGUUUGUCUGGGUCGACUCGCAUAAUAGACUAGUGGAGUUACGCUGCGUGCCCUGGACAGCUAGUGAAGUGACCCGCGCACUGCAAGCCGGGAGAUGCAAGGAGAUAGCCCACAGAAUGGCGCCUGACGCUCCACCGAGAUUGGCAUAUCUAUUGCAGAGGGCUUUGGUGCGGAUAGCCAGGGAAGCCCAGAGACUGUCACAGAACUUCGGGUUCUGCUCCAAGCACGAGGUGGCCGGGGCGUUCCGGAUCGUGCUGAGCAGUCCGCUGGCUGAUUCCUGUAUCAAGGGUUGUCAACGAGCGGCCACCAUGUACGCGACCUCAGGCAGCGCCGGCCGCCGGCUGGGCUCCGCCGCGCGCGCCCGCACCAGCUUAGCGCCGGGCCGCUUCCAGCGCUGGAUGCUGGACGUGCGCGUCGCCUGCUUCGUUCACGAGUACGCCGCAAUAUACCUUUGCGCGGGCAUGGAGAACCUUCUAGAAGAGAUCGCGUUACUGGCGGGCGGGGGCGGCGCGGGGGGACCCAUCACCCCCGCGGUCAUCGACCACGCUGUGUCCAACUGCGCGGACCUGUGGGGGCUGCUGCAACCCUACAGCCAUCUCAACGCUGGGAGACUCGCAUCAGGAGCACUGUCGCUAUCCCGGUGGGAGUCCGUGAGUUCCCUGGGCUCCGGGUCCUCGUCAGGCGUCUCCCGGCCCGAGCACCGCCAGUUGGGGCUCAGCCACGACUCCGGAAUUACUACCAAUGGAUCUGGAGGUUCAGGUACCUCAGGCGGGUCAAGCGCGAGUUGUGCAGCAUCAGGCGGCUCCGGCGCGUCUGGUACAUCAGGAGCGUCAGUAUUGCUCACGACCUGCGCCGGCUCGGCUGCGGAGUUACGAGCCGUAUUGAGAAGAGUACAGCCGCGAGCGCCGCCGCUGGCGCCAUCUGCUGAGCGCGCAUUGUACUAUUUCAUGAGGUGUUCACAGCUGGAGCACGGCAGCCCGGGCGCGGACGGCAGCUGCGGCGACGCGGGGCUGUGGGACGCGCGCGGCGCGGGCGCGCUGCCGCCGCUCAGCGAGUGGCUGCGCGCGGCGCGAGCGCACGCGGCGCUGCGCCCGCCGCCCGCCGCCUGCGACGCCGACGACGUGCUGCAGGCCGCCCGCCUGCUGCUGCCGCACGCCGACUGUCCGCCGAGGUCGCUCACUGUAGAGGAAACCAUCGAACCGAUCUGGUCGCGCUGCUCCCGCUCCACAGACGACUUGAGCCUCGCAGCGCUGUGCCUGGCGCAGCGCGCGCUGCUGAGCGGGCGGCCGGAGCUGGCGGGCGGCGCGCGCGCGCUGCUGCCGGCCGCGGGCGUCGACGCCGGGGACGCGGCCGGCCUCACCGCGCUCAUGAAGGCUGCCUUGGCCGGGGACGACCAGAUUGUGGCAAUGCUACUGGAAGCCGGUGCCGAUCCAAACAUAGAGACUGGCGGAGUCUGCGCGGCUCACUGCGCCGUGCCGCUGUCGCCGCGCGCGCCCAACUCCCCGCAGGCCACGCCGGCCUACACGCCACCUACAGCUGGUUGGACUGCGUUAGUGUACGCGUGCGCGGGGGCCGCGGCGGGCGCUGGGGGCGCUGGGGGCGCGGGGGGCGGCGGCGGGGGCGCUGUGGAGUGCGCCAGGAAGCUGUUGGCGGCCGGGGCCCGGGUGGACGGCGCGCCGGCUAGAGGGGACGAUGUUUGCACGCUUACACCACUACAGAUGGCAUGCGGAGUUGGUAAUCUGGAGUUAGUUCAGCUGCUGUUGUCCCAUGGCGCCGAUCCCUUCCUGUCGACACAGCUCAAUGAUGCUUUGUGCUAUUCGCCCGCAGCCCAAUACGGAUGUUAUAGCGCGGUGGCGGUCUGCUGCACGCACGGACGACGCAGCUGCCUGCGCGCGGCGGUGCGGGGCGGAGGCGCGCGGGGCGGGGGCGCGGGCGCCGUGCUGUCGCUGGAGGAGGCGCUGGCGGAGGGCGCGCCGUCGCGGCCGCGCGCGCACGCCUUCACCAAGCUGCAGCAGCGCGCGCUCGCCGUCGCCAUGUACUACAGCGCGGAGACUGACCACCUCGAUAUAACUUUGGAGCUGCGCGCACUGGGAGUCCCGUGGUCGCUGCACGCGUGGACUCUGUCGCUAGCGGCCGCCGCAGAAGCCUCGCUCGAUCAUGUCAUUGAUCAGCUAUUACAAGAUUUCUUGCAAGUUUGUCCGUCGGAUGACAGCCAUUAUAGUAAACAAUUCAUUUACGAGUGUCUUCCUCUGCUGUUCAAUAUCCUACGUUACAGCAAGAAGGAAGGCACAGUGCUGCUCCUGGCGGACAUCCUGUGCGCGUGCUACGGCUGGGAGCCCGUGCCCGCCGUGCGCCACGUGUCCGCGCCUGCGUCCGCGGCGCGUCGCGUCGACCCCGGCUACGUCAACAACCCGGAGCUGGCUGAUGUCACCUUCAGAGUGGAGGGAAGACUGUUCUACGGCCACAAGAUAGUUCUCGUAUCGGAAUCGCCCAGACUGCGAGCGAUGCUAGCGCCACCGCGGCCUGCGGGGGAAUCUCUGCCGCAUACAAACACAACGCCACCUUUAGUACAAAUUAAUGAUAUUCGAUAUCACAUAUUUGAGCAAGUAAUGAAGUACCUGUACUCUGGCGGAUGUAACAACCUGGAUAUACCUGAGACGGACGUGCUGGAAGUGCUGGCCGCCGCAUCUUUCUUCCAACUAUUGCCGCUGCAAAGACAUUGCGAAUCGAGAGCUGCGAAAACUGUCGACCUGCAUAAUUUAGUGUCUGUUUAUAUUCACGCAAAGGUCUAUGGUGCUACUCAACUUUUAGAAUACUGCCAAGGUUUCCUACUACAAAAUAUGGUUGCUCUGCUCACCUAUGACGACUCUGUGAAGCGCUUGUUAUUUGGAAAACGACUGCCGGGACACAACGUGCUGGGUGCUCUGCUAACUACGUUGCAGAAGCGAAUUGAGGCUAGAAAGAGUCAAUCAAAGCCUAGGUAGCAGCAAAAUCUAUUAUGAACUUUUUAUUUUAGUUUAUUUAAAAUGUAAAAAAAUAUGGAACAUUGUGUAGAUACGCAAUGAAUUAGAAAGUCGGCCAUUUGUUAAGGCGAAGUUUGUAAUUUAAGAAUCAAUUAUAAAAUAUUUAGAUACUAAAGUAUUGUUGACAUAAUAAAAUUACAAUUUUAAUCAUAGUUGAUCCGCAUUUUGAUCAGGUGCUCGAAAUAUUGUUACUUUGAAAGAUAUUUAUAUUGUUUAAAAAUAAAUUCACUUUAUACAUGACUGUUACUAUCACAUCACAAACGAUUAAUAUAGGUACCUAGAUUGUUUAUUAGACCUAUUAUUUGUAUCUAGUAUAAGUCGUUUUCAAAAAUAAAAGAAAAGUGUUUUCUAUACAUAUAUCAUUUUAUAUGUUUUUUAUAGUCUUAAAAAUUUUCAAUAUUUUAUUACUGAUUAAUGACUACUUUCCUAUAUCAAAAAAAAAUGAAUUUAUAUACCUGAUAAAUCUGUAAUUAUUGUUGAAAUAAAGCUUU